GAUCCCGCCCACUUGUAGGACCACAUAGAAAUAGUCAGAAGUGACUCAAAAAAUCUAAUAUUUCUCCCUGGCACUAGUCCUAGACACAGGCGCACAGUAAGUCUUCUCUAUAUACCCAAACAACAGUCAUUCGUGUAUCCCAGUUUGUUUUAGCUGUGACUGCAACAUCCACAAAGAUAUAGAAGCAUCUCUCAGUUGAGUUGAAAUAGUGCUGUUCAGUAGGCUAGCUGUCAAACAUUUUGCGUGCCGGGUGGUCGAUAUUAGACCAAGAAGAAACACUUCGGUUUGCGUGGAAGCCCAAAGGAGAAAAGAUGCUACCGACUCGUGUGGGAAUCACCGGGCUGACGGCAUGUUGCCUGGUGUUGCUUUCCCACUGUUUUGCUCCUACAGAUGCUGCGUAUACAUGUGGGACAAGUCAGUUCAGGUGUGGCAACGGGAAAUGUAUCACCAGCCGGUGGGUGUGUGACGGAGGUGAUGACUGUGGUGACGCAACUGACGAGCUGCCAGCCGCCUGUGAGGCUAAGACCUGCCUGCCCACUGAGUUCAGCUGUGGAGGCCCACUGAACAAGUGUAUCUCCGGAACGUGGCACUGUGAUGGCAAAGAUGACUGUGACAAUGGAGCUGAUGAGAAGAGCUGUGCCGCAAAGAACUGCACGGACGACGAGUUCCGCUGCGCCAACGGUCAGUGCAUCGCCGCCUCCUUCGUGUGCGACAAGGACAACGACUGUUCCGAUGGUUCUGACGAGACUUCCUGUCCCGCCGUCACCUGCGGUCCCAACGCCUUCCAGUGUAACAACACAGUGUGUGUACCGCGUCUCUGGGCCUGCGACGGCGACGCCGAUUGUGCCGACGGUUCAGACGAGUGGCCCCAGAACUGUGGCGGGAGGGACACCAAACCGACAACAAAGCCCUGUGGGCCACAUGAAUUCCACUGUGGGAGUGGGGAGUGUAUCCAUAGGAGUUGGAGCUGCGAUGGAGGCAAGGACUGUCAGGAUAAUUCAGAUGAAACCAACUGCAGUCGGCCCACUUGCCAGCCAGAUGAGUUUCAGUGUAACGAUGGCUCCUGUGUCCAUGGUAGCCGUCAGUGUGACCACCAGUUUGACUGCAAGGAUCUGAGCGAUGAGAUCGACUGCAGGAGCGUGGAUGUGUGUGAGGGUCCGAAUAACUUCAGGUGUAAGAGUGGGGAGUGCGUCACCGUGGACAAGGUGUGCAACGGGCAGAAAGACUGCCGAGACAUGUCCGACGAACCUAUCAGGGAGUGUGGCAACAACGAGUGUUUGACCAAUAACGGCGGUUGCUCUCACACCUGUACCGACCUGAAGAUUGGCUUCAAUUGCUCCUGUCCUGCUGGGUACAGUCUGGGGAAGGACAACAAGAAAUGUGAAGACAUUGAUGAGUGUGCUGACCCAGACACCUGUACCCAGAUCUGUGUGAACAUCCUGGGAAGUUACAAGUGUGAGUGUGAGGAGGGCUACGAACUGGACCCCAAGACCAAGACCUGCAAGGCUGCCACAGGUACUGUCCCCUACCUGUUGUUCACCAACCGCCACGAGGUGAGGAAGAUGACUGUGGACCGUAGAGAGUACGUUCCUCUCAUCCCCAGACUGAAGAACGUGGUGGCCCUGGACAUGGACAUGCCUGGACACAAGAUCUUCUGGUCUGACCUGUACCACAAGAAGAUCUACAGCGCCGACAUGAACUUGGCAGGGGACUCCUCCCACCACAACGUGGUGAUUGACAGCCAGAUGGAGGCGCCGGAGUGUCUGGCCGUCGACUGGAUUCACGGUAACAUCUAUUGGACGGACAGCGUGCUCCAGACCAUCUCCGUGGCAACCACGGACGGAACACGGCGAAAGACACUGAUCAGCGAAGGACUGGAGAAACCAAGAAGCAUCGUGGUGGACCCAGCCAAUAACUUCAUGUACUGGACUGACUGGGGCAACGAGGCCAAGAUCGAGAAGAGUGGGCUGAACGGUGCUGACCGCGUCGCCUUGGUAACGGACAACAUCAUGUGGCCCAACGGCAUCACGCUUGACAUGGUUAACCAGCGUCUGUACUGGGUGGACUCUAAGAUGCACACCCUCUCCAGCAUCGGCGUAAACGGAGAAGGACGACACACACUUAUCUACAACGAGGACAAGCUGGCUCACCCCCUCUCUGUCGCCGUCUUCGAGGAGAAAGUAUUCUGGACCGACAUGGGCGACAGAGCGGUCAUGAGCGCCAACCGCCUGACAGGAAAUGACAUCACUGUACUGGCGGAAGACCUGAUGCAGCCAGAGGACAUCAUUGUAUACCACAACCUCAAGCAGCCCAUCGGAAAGAACUGGUGCACAGAGAAAAACUUUGUGAAUGGAGGUUGUGAGUUCCUAUGUCUGCCUGCUCCCCAGAUCAACCAACACUCCCCCAAAUACACCUGUGCCUGUCCUGAUCACAUGACCCUCGGCCUGGACAUGAGGAAGUGUGUGGCAGCUCCAACAACUACCGCUCCCCCCACCACUCCCAAAACUGCAGCCCCCAUCCCUACCAGGGCCCCAACCAAACAGCCAGCUGGUCCCACUUCAACUACCGCUCCCCCCACCACUCCCAAAACUGCAGCCCCCAUCCCUACCAGGGCCCCAACCAAACAGCCAGCUGGUCCCACUUCAACUACAGCUACCUCCUUUGCCCGCCGGGCCCAGCCUCAGGACCCUGAAAGGUCCUCGACCACUCACAGUCCACAGGAAACUGCGGUCACAGGUCAAAGUGGCUAUGUUGCCAUGCCCAAAGUAGCUGAGGCAUCACACCAUACUGUGCUCUACAUUGUCUUACCUAUCAUGAUGAUGUGCCUGGUGCUGUUUGGUGCAGUGUUGCUAUGGAGACACUGGAGGCUGAAGAACACCAACACCAUCCACUUUGACAACCCCGUGUACCAGAAGACCACAGAGGACGAGUUGCACAUCUGUAGAAACCACAGCCAGGACGGAUACACCUACCCACAGAGACAGAUGGUGAGCCUGGAAGAAGACCUGGCAUGACUAGUAGAAGAAGAAGAAGUGGAUAUGAAGAAUUGCAUUUAAAGAGAGAGAGAUUUUUGUUUGAAAAAGUGACAAACAAAAAACGAUGAAGGUCAUUUUAACCCUAAUGCUACUGAAACGUCCUUUCCAAUCCUAUGAUGAUGACCUCAUCUCGAUGACCUAAGUUCCUGGCUUCCUGUUCCGAAGAUUCCGACCUCAACACUGUGCUGCCAUCCAAGACGAAGAAGAAGGGAAAAAAGAAACUCAAAAGAAGAACAACUUGGUUGCCGUGGAAACCAACCCCCCCAAAAAAGGAAUGGAAGAAGAAGAAACAUACAAACGGAAUCAGAUAAAAAAUGACUUGGUAGCGUUGUGGUCUCGAACACAACCCUGAGGAGAAAAAAACAUCUGGAAGCCAUUUUGCCAAACAUCGGAAGGACUUGAAAAUGAAAGACAGUAAAUGCACAGUUGGACUGUAGUCGUCCGUUCUUUCAUAAUGUAAGAGCUCUUACCUAGGUGACCGGGUCCCAAAUGUAUGUAUUUUCGGCUAACUCCUCGUCAGAGAGAAGAAUAAUUGUCUAAGCACAUAAUGUACAGAUCUGGUACCAGGCUAGGUCCUGGACCUUGGCUCUUUGACACAUGGAAGUUCAAAAUGACAACCAUCUAACACAGCUUCAACUCUGUUUGUUUUUGUUACAUAUCACUUAGCAGCUCUUUUGUAAAUGAGUGUACAUUUGGCUACUAACUGUAAAAUAGGCAAACUUUUGUUCUAAUGUUGCAUAAGAUUGUGCAUAGCACUGUACAGAAGACGUCCUACACUUCCAACCCAUUUGAUUCUUGAGUUCAGUUUGAUCCCACUUCCCUUGUCAGCCUGACAAAAGCACUAGAAAACACAAUUAGCACGAUAUGAAGAAUGUGUUGAAGAUUGUGAGUUUAAAAAAGGCUGCAGUCAAAAAGCUGUCUUGUCAAAAACGGUACCUAGUUUGUAUGUUUAUGGUGUACUUAACAAUGGACAUUGAGACCUCUGGAUGGCCUUACCAUCUGACAUUGACACAUGCACGUGCCUAGUCACUUAGCACCAAACAUCACCACAUCUUAAAGUGGAGACUUUCCCAGGGGGGACAUUGAACUAUGGUGUGACAAUACUCUGAGCUGAAAUGUGUGAGUUGUAGGCCCUAAUCAGAGCUGAAACUUGUGAGUUGUCGGCACUACUCAAAGCUGAAACGUGAGUUGUCGGCACUACUCAAAGCUAAAACGUGAGUUGUCGGCACUACUCAAACAUGUGAGCUGUCAUUGGUCUCUUUACAUAUUUGUGCCUUUGCCAUCAUCAAUGCAAGCAUUUCUAUACUCUCUCCAGCAAUGUGUGUAAUGUCUAGUGACGUACAUGUUCUUAGGGUAUGUGGUAUACAGUGUUUAGAAGAACCCAAAUGCCUUAUGACCUCCUUUCACUAUAGUCAACUAUAGCUGCCAUGAUGGUUCUCUUGCCUUUGCACGUGCAGCAGACAUCCUGUCUCUUGGUAAAUAUGAUCUUAUAGCCCCUGUCAACUGUUGCCUUACACAAGUUAGUGAGUUGAGUUGUUGCCUUCUAUCUGGUUAUGGCUUUACACGCCUUGUGCAGUUUCGAUAUAUUCCAAUUUGUGCAUCAGCAAGUUACAUCCAAAUCGAUGAGCAUUGUUUGUUUUGUGGCCAAUUUUAAAGAUAGCUGAAUGCCUGUAGCUGAAGGCUAUGAAGGCUACUUGAAGGCCAGCAGCUGAAUGCUAGUUGAAGGCCAGCAGCUGAAUGCUAGUUGAAGGCCAGCAGCUGAAUGCUAGUUGAAGGCCAGCAGCUGAA